GGGAAGGGGGCGACAUCUUGUGACUGGCGGGCCAGACGCUGGGCGGUGUCCGCAGGGGGUUCGGCCUUGUCUCAGCGGGCCAGGGCUCUUCCUUCACCCUGGGGAUAGGCGGGCACUGCUCGCCUCUAGUGGCUGCGGCGGCAGCCGGUGGGCGCCGGGGACGUGCGCUGGGGGUGGGGAGCAACGAGUUCUUGAGGGCCGGGAUCCCGGAGGUGGGCGGGAUCUGCGGUGGCCGGGUCUCCCUCGCAUCCGUGCCGGUCGCGGGCCCCACAGGGCUCUGCGGUGGGGGUUGCCAGCCCCGGGGCAGGAGGCCGUGAAGCUCCAGGGACCCCGGCAGAGACAGUUGCAAGGCAGCGCAGCUGAAGACCAGGUGGCCGACGGUCCAGUCUGGCGUUCAGGGGGAGAGAGGGAGAGAGAUGUCGUUGAAACCAUUCACCUACCCAUUGCCCGAAACAAGAUUUCUUCAUGCUGGCAGGCAUGUGUACAAAUUUAAACUCCGGUAUGGCAACUUCAACAGCUCUCCCAAUCUUGGUCUCACUGAAAGUGCUGCCAAGGAGUCAGAGGAAGUGAUUCGAGUGAUCCUUGGAAAUCUUGAUGAUUUACAUCCAUUUUCUACAGACCACUUCACUGUCUUUCCCUAUUUGAGUAAAUGGGAGCAAGUAUCAAAGAUGAAAUUCAAACAUGAGAAUGUCCAUCUUGUGCCUUAUCCCUACAUUUGUACAUUGUAUCUAGAAUUGAACUCCUUUCAGCGAAACAUAUCUUGUGGUAAAGAAGUAAACAAGGGCAGUGAUGAGCUUGUCAGGAGAAGAAAUGAAGUGUCAGAAAGUACUGCAAUGAAAGAAUUGGUGAAGAGGAGAAGAGUGGAAGACAGAGAUGAUGCCUCAUGCCCACAAUCAUACAUGGACAGAACUGGAGCUGACUGUGUUCACCAGAUGAGUAAAGCAGAACAUGGAUUUGAAAAGAAUUCCUCCAAAGCAAAUGAGUUUGAGUUUAGCCCAGCAUCCCUUACUAAAGACUGUGACCAACUGAAUUUCUGGGAACCUGUGGAAUUUGCUCUUGAGCAAAAAAGGGUAGCCAGUCAGGCUGAGGGUGCAGUGCAGCUGCUGCAGCAAAUGGACCAAACAGGAAAGAAGGAAAACGUGAAGUCAGAAGGUAGAGGUCUUUCACACUUCUGGAGAAGCAUCAUCUUUUCACCACUACAACAUCUUUUUGGUGGAAAAAACUGACCUGGAAGUACUAAUUGUUGCGGAAAGGUAGAUUUAUAGUAUGAAUAUUGUGUUGCACUGUUUCUUCUGUAAUUCAGCUUCUUACAUUGCUUGUCUCAGCUAUUAAGUGCUUUAAAUUAAAUUUUACUUUGCUUAUGUUUUCAAAGUAACAUUCUGAAGAUGUUGGGUUACAACAUGUUGGGUUUUUCUUCACAUCUUAGAGGUUUUGGAAUAGAGCAAAAAACUUUAAGAUAUUGAUCCUUAAGUGUCAUAAAUUGUGAAUUUCACAUUAUGUGUAUUCUAAUAAAACAAGCAUCAGCUUGGAACUGCGAGUUGUUUUAAUCAGACUUACCAUACAGAAGAUACUGUUUCCCUCCAAGAAGAAUCAGAGGUUUCUAGUAUUAGAUGGACUUCAGUACUGUGCUUCACAGCAUUAAAAAGGUCAAAAUUACAGAUAAAUAUUUUGCAUUAGAUAUUGCCACUACACUACAACUUAGGUAAUUAUUUAUGUACUCAAUAUGUAAUGGAAUGAGGUUGGAAUUUAAGAUUUCAGAGAUGCCAAGGCCAUGCUCAGGUAGCUUUUUGCUGUCAUAUUUAUGCUUUAUAAAUGAUCUGUCAUUCUUGAGCCACCCCCUGAGCUGGGCAGCUGCCUGUAGAUGAUUCUGCUUGGGCAAGGGCUUGGGCCAAUGGCCUCCAGAGUUCCCUGCUAGCCUUGGCCACAGUGUGAUGUUAUGAAGUGUUUUCUGAGAGCUUUUUUUCACUUGUUAAACUGUCUUAUCUUGACUUUUGAGUGUUUUCUCACAAUUGCCUUUGUGACACUCUCCCCUGUCCCCCUGAGGGAGUGGGUGAACAACAGGACGGGGUGGGGGGGGUCACCUGCCAGCCAGGGCCACCCCCUUCCACCCCUGAAGGGACUGCAAUCUGCAGAGAAGCCAGGGGGGAGGACAGGCAAAGUGAGAGGCCACACUGUUCACAGACCCUGUAACCCUGUGCUUGGCUAGUGGCAUCCAAGUAUGAGUUGCAGUUGUAAUGAGUAGGAGGAGAGAAGUCUGAGGGUAAGCUGAGCCUGGGAAAUGGCAGGAAGAAAGCCAAAUUGGUAUGCUUCAACUGAGCAUUGUCCUGGUAAGCCAAGAUGUUAUUGUAGUCCAUAGCUAUCUGUGCUCAAACUUGUUACUGUCUCUUUAAGAUCCAGUGCCACUUCCAGGUUGGAAGUUGACUCGUGAGGGACAGGGCUUGCUGGGGUUCCUUUUCAAAGUCAGGGGUCUCUCAGACAGACCCCUCUUGCCUUGUGGUCUUUGCUCAAGGUAGAAUCUUUGCUUUGGGCUUUUCUGUUGUUUUUUCUUUUUUUCCCUCCUCCCUUUUGUUCAUCUCUUGCAUUUUGGACUGACUCAAGUCAAAUUCCAGGAGUGCCUGUCAGCAGUACUGUCCCAUGAAGAAGAGAGUGGCCUUGCUUCAGUCUGAGCCCAUAGCUUGCCAGCAGUGCCCAGCUGAGGCAAGAAAGCACCAAGUCGCCCCAGCCCAGCUGCUUUGCCUUGCCUUGCUUUGCCUUGCUGUUCUGUGCCACAAGGAAGGCAAAGUCUGUCCAUGAGUUCUAGCUGUUGCUGAAAAUCACCUGCCCGAAUGUGCCAGCCACCUUUGGUGAUGGAGAUAUAAGCAGGGUGGAAGGCUGACUCUGUUUUCCCUUUGUCUCACUAAACAUGGUUGCUGUGGCAGAUGCCAUCUUGAAUUUUGAGUUUAUCUUUGUUCCUGAGGAGUUGGUGGGAUUUAGCAAUUUUAUAUCUUGUGACUUUUUUCCACUAGUAAGGAGAAAUUAAAUAUGAGUAGAUAAAAGUGAAUUGUGUACACUGGACCUCAUCUUGACAUGCAGGGAACUGCAUGUUUUCUGAGUUUUGUCACAUGCACCUGCACAGGACAGAGGGCUAUGAAUGGCCUCUCAGGUGCUCAGCAAGUAGUGACCAGCACUCAUCUCAGGUGAGACCAUGGGGACAAGUGAUCACCUCACAGGACUGCAGAGACAAAA